CAAAUUCAUGUCCAAAAUCAGGUCUAUACUAUGUUGGCAAAUUUUAUUUAAAUCACAACUCAUUUCCUUUGCUUCACACGUGUUAGACAGAGUGCUCUCCUCCUCCUCUUCUUCUUCUUCUUCUUCUUCUUAUCGUUAACAUUGAUCGACAAUUUCAUUAGAAACAAUGGCUAGGCAAAGGCAGCUCCUUGUCGUCGUAUCCACGUUUGCUCUUAUCGUCGGAGGAUUAUUUAGCUGCGGUGUUUGUUACACACGACCACCGCCGCGAGAAAACAUAUAUGUACAACAAAUAGAAAAAGACGAUGAUUCUACUCCACAACAGGUCCAUACAUCAGUGGUUGGUGAAAAUAAAAUGAGAAUAACAUGGAUAACAAAGAAUCUAGCUCCAGCAAUAGUAAGUUAUGGUACAUCUUCAGGACAGUACACAACUUCUGUAAACGGGGUUACAUCUACCUAUCGUUACCUCACCUAUAAAUCAGGCCACAUUCAUGAUGUAGUCAUUGGCCCACUCACCCCAAACACAGUUUACUACUAUCGUUGCAGCUCCAAUUCAGCUCGGGAAUACAGUUUCAAAACACCACCUGCCCAAUUCCCUAUCAAAUUCGUUGUUACGGGUGAUCUAGGACAAACAGGUUGGACCAAGACAACCCUCGAACACAUAUCGAAGUCUGAAUAUGAUAUGUUACUUCUACCAGGAGAUUUGUCAUAUGCUGAUCUAAUUCAACCUUUGUGGGAUUCAUUUGGGCGAUUGGUGGAGCCAGUGGCGAGCCAGCGUCCGUGGAUGGUCACACAAGGCAAUCACGAGGUCGAAAAAUUCCCAGUUCUACACACCACCCCCUUUACAGCCUACAAUGCUAGAUGGCAUAUGCCAUUUGAAGAAAGUGGGUCAUAUUCCAAUCUAUACUAUUCCUUCAAUGUUGCUGGUGUACAUGUGAUUAUGUUGGGGUCAUACACUGAUUUUGAUUCAAAUUCACCUCAGUAUAAGUGGUUACAGGCAGAUUUAGGCAAGAUUGAUAGGUCAAAAACUCCAUGGGUUGUGGUACUAAUUCAUGCACCAUGGUAUAAUUCUAAUACUGCUCAUCAGGGUGAGUCUGAGUCAGUAGAUAUGAAGAAAUCCAUGGAAGGCCUGCUUUAUCAAGCUCGUGUGGAUGUUGUUUUUGCCGGACAUGUGCAUGCGUACGAGCGAUUUACUCGUGUUUACCAAGAUAAAGCAGACAAUUGCGGUCCUGUUUAUAUAACAAUUGGGGAUGGUGGCAAUCGUGAAGGCCUUGCCAGAGAGUACAUAGACCCAAAGCCAGAAAUUUCAAUAUUCAGAGAGCCAAGUUUUGGGCAUGGACAACUUGAAGUAGUCAAUGCAACUCAUGCACAAUGGACAUGGCAUAGAAAUGACAAUGAUGAACAAGUUCCAAGUGACUCAAUCUGGCUUACAAGUCUCUCUUCUAGUCCUGCCUGUAAAAUCUGAAAAUGCAUCUGCCUAGUAGCUAGAUAAGGCUAGAAAAUCUCUCACAGAAAAAGAUUGAUUUUUUUUUUUUUUUUUUUGAAAAAAAAAGGUCCUCAUUGCUAGGAAAGUAGAAUAAAAGAUGUAGGAAUUAAGUAAACAGGUAAACAGGGCUUUUAAUUUAUGAACAUUUUAUCUAUUGAAAUUCUUUAAAUUAUUUUAUUAAAGUUGUUCUCAGGCGAAUGUGGUCCUGAUGCUGAUUGUCCA